AUGUCGAUGGCGAAGGUGGACCGCCGUAUCGAUGAUGAUGAUGACGAGGCAGAUCAAUUCGCUGACGCAGAGGAGCAAGCGCCCACUCUGCAGCAAGAGCAGUCCACCGCCCCACAUCCUGAAUCAUCAGACGUAGGCCUAGAGUCUAUUGGCGAUGAUAAGAUCGAGGACGACGAAGUGGAAGACGACUACGAUAGUGGUGAAGAUAGCGAGCUGGAGCGCAUUCAGGCCUUUGAUUUCCAGGACGCAGACUGGGACAUGGCUAAAGGAGACUUCACAAAGCUCUACAAUCGCUCUCGCCAAGUGCAGUCGGUGGCUCAAGGAAGCUCAGACGCAGCAGUACCUUUGCCAGCCAUGAACAUCUCGAGAAAGGCUGCUGCUGCCAGGGAGGCAAGGGACGAAGCCAACCGCACCAAUAAUCGGAAUACCGGCAAUGCGGCAGGACCAUCUAGCUCUACAGAUCCAAAUCGGAUUACAUCGGGAGAAGAUGCCGAAAAUGCUGCACAAGAAGCUCCCCACGAUAAGACGACUGCUCAACUCUCUUCGUUGUCUCACCUUGCGUCUCGUAUAUCCCUGUCUGGUUCUCUGAAUGCCUCAGUGCCUAGGAAAGGCAACUCGGCUACAGCUUCGAAAGACAAGGACAAAGCCGACAGGGCCACCACACAGCAGGUUCUCGACCCUCGUACGCUUGUCAUACUCUUCAAGAUGCUACAAAGAGGUUUUCUGCGGCACAUCGAUGGAGUCAUAUCCACCGGCAAGGAAGCAAAUGUCUACCAUGCCUCCAUGCCUCCUCCCCCUCUGGCUGAGCAUGGCGAGGACGAGACGACUCCAGCUGAGGAGCGCAAAGGCUCACCAGUUCAUGUAGCCAUCAAGAUCUACAAGACAUCCAUUUUGGUCUUCAAGGAUCGUCAUCAAUACGUGUCUGGAGAAUAUCGGUUCAGGAACGGCUACUCAGGAUCCAACCCACGCAAGAUGGUCAAGACAUGGGCAGAGAAGGAAGCCAGGAAUCUCAAAAGAUUGGUGUCUGCCGGUAUUAGAGCUCCCAAACCACUGGAGCUGAGGGAUCACGUCCUGGUCAUGGACUUUCUGGGCGACCAGGCUGGUUGGGCUAGCCCUCGGCUAAAGGAUGCUGAGAAGAGCAUCGAUCAAGAAGUUGAGAAUGGCCAAGAGGAUCGGUGGGAGGACCUCUACCGAGAGAUGCUGGCUGGAAUGCGGACGCUAUGGUGGCAAUGUCGCCUCGUCCACGCUGAUUUGAGCGAGUACAAUGUCCUGUACCACGAGUCCCACUUGUGGAUCAUUGACGUGUCUCAGUCUGUUGAACAUGACCAUCCAAAAGCUCUUGAGUUCCUUCGAGCCGACAUCUCUCACAUCGAGGCCUACUUCUCCAAGCGUGGAGGCGUUAGGAACGUCCUUGGUUUGCGCAAAGUCUUCGACUGGAUCAUUGCCGAGCCCAGAGAGCGUGCGAAGAGGGGUGGUGGAAACGUCGGCAUCGAUCAAGUGCACGAGCAAGAUCAAGGGAACGAUGAGACGUACGAGGGCGAGCUGAAGAUCGUCCAGACUGGAGGCACGGGGCCAUUUGCGCAAUUGGAAGUGAGGGAGCGAGAGCGAGGCGAGACCGAAGAAGAACUCAUGGCGGAUCUGAAGGAGAUCAUGGAGAGGAGUAAAGAAUCAAAGGCAGCUGCCUCCUCCGCGCCUCCCGCGAACAACGGUCUGGAUCAUUCCGCGAAUGCACAGACAUCAAUGGCCACUCCACCAAACCAGCAGGCACAGCAGCAGUCCUCAGACGAAGCAGUUUUCUUCUCGUCCUACAUUCCGAGAACGCUCAACGAAGUCUACGAUCCAGAAAGGGAUAUUCAAAAGCUCAAGAAGGACGGCGCAGAAAGCCUGAUCUAUGCCGGAGGUGUGACGGGUCUCGGCAAGGCCAACGUGGAAUCAACCUCGAAUCCUUCUGAGCAAGUAGCUGCCCCAAGCUCGCAGACGCCCGCUCCAGGCGACUCACAAUCGGACGACGAGAGUUCCGACGAGGACGGCAGCUCAGACGAAGACGACGAGAAUGGUGGGACCAGGGAGAAGAAAGGGCCCCGAGGUCACCGCCACGAGGAUCGCGAAGCAAAGAAGCAGCGGAAGCAAGAGGUCAAGUCUGCGAAUCAGGAGCGGCGCAAGACGAAGAUGUCAAAGAAGGAGAAGCUCAAGAAGAUGAAAAAGAAGUGA